UAAUCAUAUUAGUGAUUACCUUCUUAUCUAAGAGAAAUAUUAAAAUCCAUUUCAUUAUAUUUUGUGUUUAUUUGAAAGCUGGAAUUGUUUCAUAUAUAUAAUUAUAUACAACUUGAUUUGGAGUGGUGCAGAAAGAUAUCUCAAUAUGAACUUCUUGAAGCUUUUCUUAGUUGCAUUAGCCCCAGUUCUAAACACUUUGUUCAUUGCUAUUAUUGGGGCUGUACUUGCACUUGAUAACAUUGGCAUACUCACAAAGAAUGCCAAGAAGCACCUCAAUAUUAUCGUAUAUUUUGUGUUCACUCCAGCUCUUCUUUAUAGCAGUCUGGCAAAAACUAUAACUUUGAAGAGCUUGAUUAUGCUGUGGUUUAUGCCGUUAAAUAUUCUUCUGAGAUAUAUUAUUGGGACAACUCUUGCAUGGAUUCUUACUAAAAUAACUAGGGUUCCUCGUCAUCUUCAUGGCCUUGUGAUGGGGUGUUGUGCUGCAGGAAAUCUGGGCUCUUUGCCUCUUAUCAUAGUUCCAGCUAUAUGUAAAGGAAGAAGUCAUCCUUUUGGAGAUGUAGAUUCUUGCUACCAUAAAGGACUAGCAUUUACUUCUCUAACAAUGGCAGUAGGACACAUUUAUGCUUGGUCUAUUGUGUACAACAUUCUCCGCAUAUAUACACCUAAGACCAUGGUUGUCAAAUUUGAUGAAUCCACAAAAUUUGAAGAAAUUAAUAAUCCAAAAAAUCUUUCUAUAUGUUCCAUAAGAGCAUUGACCCCAAUUAAGGAAGAAUCAUUGUCUAAUGGUCAUAUUGAUCAACUUCAAGUAGAAUGUAAAGUGAUUGAUGGUCAAGAAAAGGUAGUAGAAAAGCCAAACAUUAUGAAACAUCUGAAAAUAUUAGGUGACAAAAUCAAAUUGAAGGAACUAUUUGCACCUGCAUUGUGGGGAUCGAUGUUUGGAGUAAUAAUUGGUAUAGUUCCUCAAUUUCGAAAACUACUAGUUGGUCAAAGUGCUCCUCUCCAUGUCGUUCAAACCUCUAUAGUUAUGUUGGGGGAAGCAUGCAUUCCAUCAAUGAUAUUAUUGGUUGGAGCAAAUCUUCUUAAGGGUUUAAAGGGAUUAGGAAAUAAGGUUCCACUAGUUGUUGGCAUUAUAGUGGUUAUGUAUAUUGCAUUACCAGCAAUAGGUAUAUGCAUUGUGAAAGGUGCAGCUCAUUUCAGAUUGAUAAACUCUGAUCCAUUAUAUCAAUUUGUUUUACUACUUCACUAUGUUGUUCCUCCUGCAGUUUCCAUUAGCACAAUGACUCAAUUGCUUGGAGUUGGUCAAAGUGAAUGCUCACUUAUCAUGUUUGCAACUUAUUCCUCUGCUCCACUUUUACUUACCCUUUGGUGCACCGUCUUCAUGUGGCUUGUGCUAUAAAUUAUAAUUUUAGCUAAAUUAUCACUGAAGUAUAAUACGAUUUGCUCAA